UAUCUUGGAAGUUUAGAGCUUAAGUAAAGCGUACAAUAACGAUGUAAAGUAGUCAUAAGUAAUUAGGAAAUAUAAUAGGAUUCCAUCCGAGUGUCUAUACUAUCACUCAACUUGUGUAUAAAGAAUUGUUCACCGGUAUUUAUUUUGUUACUGGUUCUUUUGUUCAGUAUGCACAUUACAAAAAACAGAGCUAAAGCGAUAACAAAGCUAAAGCAAUGUUUUUGAAAAUGUAGUGAGUGAUAGAAAAUGGAUAGAAUAACGAGACGAAAACAUAAUAUUGAAAUUUCUGUUGUGCUUAACGUAUAGCAAAUAGUAUUCACGGGUAUCAGUGUUGUUUCCAUAUGAACUUUAAAAAAUGCAGUAAUAUUCCCUAGAGUGUACCAACAUCAUGUCUAUGGAACAUUUAAUUGAGAAUACGAGAGCAGGGCAAAGAUGUCCAAAACCUUUGGCUGAUAUAAAACAACCACAUUGUGGUGGAAAGGAAAUAAAUGUGCUUGUGUUAGGGAAACGGUCGGUCGGAAAAACAGCUUUGAUUGUGAGAUACUUAACCAAGCGAUUUAUAGGAGACUACAACUCGGAACUUGAAAUACUAUACAGUCAUUGUACAGUUAUAGAUGGCAAACACGUGACCUUACACAUCAUAGACACACUUGGACAGGUUAAGAAAGAAGACGUUAGUGAAGAACAGGUUAAAUGGGCAGAUUGUGUUGUAAUCGUUUACGCUAUCGUUGACAGAAACAGUUUUGACAUAGCUCGAAGCAUAGCGGAACAUAUUCAGAUAAUGCGAGAAGACAAUCAAGUACCAAUCGGCAUCGUGGCUAAUAAAUCCGAUCUCAUUGACAGGAAGGAAGUGUCGGAUACAGAUCUUUCAAGAACAUGCGCUGAAUUCAACUUGUUAUACUUUGAAACUUCGGCAAGUGAAGCGAGGGCAAGUGUUUUAGAGGUUUUUACAGUAUUAGCACGCCAAGUAAGAAUGAUUAUGAAAAAGCGGGAAAAGUUGACUCGAUUUAUGUCGAAUCCUGCAGUUGCUGCUAAGUUACAAAUCCAGCAAUCUCUUAGAAGUCUCGCGGAGAAAACCUGGCGAUCUAGAACGUCUACAUUAUAGCCCGUGAAACUCAUGUGAUAAAGUGUUUUAUUAUUGAUGUACAUAUCUGAUAAUGAGUGAAUCAAUGUUUCUUCUAUAAAUGAAAUUUGUACAUGAUAAAAUGUAAUUUAAUUAAAGGCUAUAUUUAUGUAAUAAUCGUCUUUCAUCAGAAAGCAUUAUUUUGUGAUAUAUUUCAACCUUGCUUCUGAGGUUUUGAUCACCGCUAUCAAAAUGUCUUCAUAAAUUUGUGGCACCGGGGUUUAUAAGGUGUAUGGAGGACAACAACAUGAGCAUCAACGGAGCAUUUUCAAAGAAUAUUAUUACAUAAUGAUUCUAGAUAAAAUCGUAAAGGAGUAAAGACUGAGCGUAAACAUGGUAUAUUCCGUGGGAACUCAGACACGAUAUUGUAUAAUAGUUACCCUGCUUGAUAAUUUUUUGUUUCAGAAAAUAUUGAUGUACGAAAAUUAUCAGUAUUUUACAAACAUUCGUUUUCGUUUUUGCGAAGCAUUAUCUCUAGGUGUCGGUUUCUGAGUCCUUAAAACCACACAACGGUCCAAAUGGUGCAGAAAGUGACCAGAAAUAAGCUAUUUAGUUCUCUUUACUACACAUGAAGUUGUUAGCUCGACUGUUUAAAUGUCCAAGCAUCAGAACUAUGAACCGUGGUGAAUCAGACAAUAAAUUACAAGAAGGCA